AACAAUGCUCCUUGGGCGAAUUAAUUGAAUACUAAAGUGAUCAAUGGACAAAUACAGUUCUUGAUCUUGAAGCCUGCUACUCAGGUUCCAUUAAGAAAUGGCAAGUUGUAAUAUAUAUAUACACACACAUAUAUAUACAAGCACAAGCAACAAUUACUUCCGAUAAGGCCAAGCACAAACAAUAAUCAUCCACAUUCUGCUCGAUAUGUUUUUCCCUGUAAGUUCAAGAGCAAUAAAUCCAACAGAGAUCAUCAUCAGUGGGAGUUGUUUUUUGAGUAUGGCGGUAGCAGCUUAUGCAUCUUUGCUUUCGCUUACACGCAUCCUGGAAUCUAUCCAAUCCCCUGCUCGUCUGCAUCAGCUUCGUUUGGACACCAAACAAAUUCAAUGUUUGCAGGCAAAAGUUAAGCUCUUGCUAGACUUUCUUGGAGUUUAUGGCCAAAGACGAAGCCAAGAAAUGGAAGAUCUGGCGAGACAGAUUGCUGAUGCUGCUGAAGAAGCAGAAGAUGCAGUUGACCCCCAUGUAGUCGAUCAACUUCGUGAUGGAUCUCAAGAUGAAAGUCAUCGUGAGGCGGCCUUCUCAUCUUUCUGUCAAGAUAUAGACAAAGUAAUUGCAAAGAUUGAGUCCAUCACGAAAGAGUUGAUGAUGGUCAAAGAGGAAUGGGCCGAUCCGCAAGAACAAAAGCCCAUAGCUUUGUUGCCGCUCGGAUCAUCAGACGCACUUUCUUCGAUUGACAAGAAUAGUACUGUGGUUGGAUUUGAUGAACACUUGGUUCGUGUUAUGGAUGAGCUCACUAGAGAUGAACCUGAUCUCCAAAUCUUUCCAAUCGUAGGAAUGGGGGGUAUUGGUAAGACUACUCUAGCUAGAAGCAUUUUUGAACAUCCAUAUAUAGUAAAUCACUUUGACAUGCGAAGGUGGCUGACAAUAUCUCAAGAAAAUAGAGUGCGUAAAAUUGUUCUAGACCUUCUAAAUGAUGUAAAAAUAGAAGACGACAAUAAAAAAACUUUAGCUGAAUUAGGAAGCCUAUUGUAUAAGAAAUUAUUUGGUAGAAGAUAUUUGAUUGUUAUGGAUGAUGUGUGGAAUACGAAUGUUUGGGAUGACUUGAAGUUGUUCCUCCCAAAGAAUGAGAAUGGAAGUCGAAUUUUGGUGACGACUAGGCUAUCAAAUGUGGUAGUUUCUUUAAGCUCCAAAAAACCUUAUAUGAUGGAUUUUCUAGAUGAGGACAAAAGUUGGAAUUUACUUUGUCAAGAAACCUUUUCACAAGAAAGUUGCCCAUAUCCAGAGUUGGAGAAUAUUGGUAAGGAUAUUGCAAAAGGUUGCAAAGGACUUCCUCUCGCAAUUGUUGUGCUUGGGGGGCUGCUUGGAAAAUCCAAUAUGACACGAGAAUCCUGGGAGCUUGUUGCCAAAAAUUUAACUUCAGUUGCUAAUUUAGAAGAUGAUGACUAUUGUUUAAGGAUAUUGUCUUUGAGUUACCACAACUUGCCCAUUCAUCUUAAACCUUGUUUUCUCUAUAUGGGAGUCUUCCGUGAAGAUUAUAGGAUUACUGUUAGCAAGCUUGCCAAAUUAUGGGUUGCUGAAGGAUUUCUAAAAUCAAUAAAAGGUAAAAGCUUGGAACAGGCAGCAGAGGCAUACUUGAGAGACCUUAUUGAUAGAAAUUUAAUUUUAAUUCGUACAUAUGGGCAUGGUCGGAACAUUGAAACAUGUGGAAUUCAUGAUCUUUUAAGGGACAUAUGCUUGAGAGAAAAUGAGAAAGAGAAUUUCAUGCGUUCCCCAAAAGUGCAGCGUGCUUAUAUUGGCAGUGGGUACGACAUGUGCUUUGCGUGUGGUCGUAACCCCACAUCCCAUAAGAUAGAUCUCAAUGAAGUGCACGUUGCCUCACAACUGACAUCACUUGUAAGUGUUUCGGUAUGCAACACCUGCAGAAAUAUGUAUCCAAGUCUAACUAGAGUAAGAUUAGUGAGAGUGAGAGUAAUAGUUAGAAGGAGGGGUUUCUCUCGUGAAUCCUAUGAAGAAAUUCUGCAUCCGACUAACGUGCGGUACCUUAAGGUCAAAAGUUCAGCUGAUUGGGAAUUUGCAUUUCCAUCUACAAUGGCUUUACUUUGGAACCUACAGGUUCUAACUUUUGGUCUGAAAAGUGGUCUCCCAAAAGCCGUUCUACCACCUGAAAUUUUUGAUAUGCCACAACUUAGGCAUCUCAUUGCACCCAGAAAAAGCGUUUUUCUACCUGAUAGAACAGGUAGUCAAGGUUCGGUUAGUAUGACAAACCUACAAACGCUUUUCCAUAUAACAAAUUUCAGGUGCACAGAGGAGAUCAUCCAAAGAAUGCCAAACUUGAAAGAACUGAAAGUUUCAUAUUAUGGAGGAACAGGAAGCAUGGAAUGGUCGUACUAUUGUCUCUACAAUAUUGCCCGUCUACGUAAACUUGAAUCUCUUUUUGUUGGAAGCAACGGUUUGUUAUCGUUAGAGAAUCUCAGAUUCCCGACUUCACUUAAGGAGUUGCGUUUGUAUGGGUGCAGUAUUCGUUGGGAAAAGCUGAAGAUUGUUGGUUCUUUAUUGCCAAAUCUUAAAGUGCUUACUUUGUCCAAGAAUACGUACAAGGGGCCGGAGUGGAAUCAAGUUGAAGGAGAAUUUCCUCGACUAAAAGUCUUGACGAUUUUCGAUUGUCACCUGGUGUGGUGGAGAGCAGAAAACGUCCAGUUUCCGAAUCUUGAGAGCCUGGUUCUGAGUUUCAUGUGGAAACUGGAGGAGAUGCCAUCAGUUAUUGGAGAUAUCCCCACACUCCGUUCAAUACAUUUGGAAAGCUGCAACAAUUCCGUUGUGGAUUCGGCGAUGCAGAUUCUGGAGGAACAACAGAGCUACGGAAAUGAGAGCCUUCAGCUUUAUGUAGAUGAAAAACAAAUUUGAUGCAUUGACUUUAUUAAUUUUACUUGGAAUUUUAAAUCAAUGAAGAUUA